AAAAUUAGCUAGUACUGCCAGUCAAAGAUUAUCACUCGUUAUCCACAAACAAAAUAAUAACUAGGUUUUUAUCAGUAUAUUUCUCUUUCAUAAUAAUCAGAGCAAAAACGUGGUAUUUUUUAAAGAAUGUGUCACAUUAUAAUAGUGCAGUGGGUAUUUAAUUAUUAGUGCAAGAGGCCACAUUGUUACUAUCAAUACAAAUAAGAUAAAUUAGGUCUUGUUAUUUCAUUGCAUACGCAACAUGGUUAACAUAUUAUUUAGUAAAAUAAAUUUAUUAGUAUUAUUAAUGCUACAUUGGGAAACUGGAUAUGGUGUUCCUGUUGAAAAUAGUGAUGAUGAACUAGUAGCUGUGGUUGCAGUUUCUAGACAUGGAGAUAGAGCACCAUUUACUUCCUUUCCUACAGAUAAGUAUUAUAACCUGACCUAUUGGCCUAUGGGAUUUGGACAAAUAACAAAGAAAGGUAUUGAUCGCCAAUACAAACUAGGUCAAUGGCUUCGCCAUCGCUACAGCUCCUUUCUAAGCGAAUUCUACCAUACCAAAGAAAUCUACGCUUGGUCUACCGAUAUUGAUCGAACUUUAAUGUCAGCAUAUGCAAGCUUAGCAGGUAUGUAUCCACCUAAAGGCUACCAACUGUGGAACGAGCAUAUUUCUUGGCAACCUAUACCGGUCCAUAUAGCACCUUUUCUUUCACUCAUCGAAAAUUUAGGCUGUCCAAAGUUUUUCUCAAUGCUACAAAAGGUAAAGGAAUCUGUUUUUCCUAUUUACGAAGAAAAACACUCAGAAACUUUGCAGUACAUUGCCAACAAAACUGGUUGGCCAAAAGUUUCUAUAGAAAUGGUGGACGAGCUUAUGGAUCUUCUUUUUACCUAUGAGGAGCAUGACUUAACCUUCGUUCCAGACUGGAGUAAAACUAUGGAUCAUAAUAUAACUAGAUAUCUUUCGGCUGUUGUAUACGAAAUCCAGACCCAUACAGUACCUCUUGCAAGACUCAAAAUAGGAACAUUCUACGACUACCUGUUCAAUUUUUUCAACAAGUUCGUCGAUCCAAUAUCGCUGAAUGGCCGAAUCGGAAUAACUGAUCCAACAGCAAAGAACCAGAAAUCGAAAUUUGUACUAGUAAUGGCACAUGAGAGUACUCUUAGCGCCAUUUUGAACACUAUGAGAGCAUACAACAUGAAACAUAUUGAGUACGCUGAUACUUUGUUGUGGGAAUUGAAGAAAAGAAAGGACGGUGUCCAUUAUUUGAAUGUUUUAUACAAAACCAAAUCCGAGCUGAGUCCAGUGAAGAUUUUAAAAUGUGAUUAUAAUUGUAAUUUGGAGCAAGCUAAAAAUAAUUUGGCCGAUGUGACGAUAACUAAGAAAAGAUGGCAUAAAGAGUGCUUAGAUUGAAACUGUUUUAAAUAUUUGUAAUUUUACAAACUCCCUAGCUUGACAUUAAAUUUUUUAUUAAUU